AUGUUCACUAGCUACAGUAGCUAUGCUAACGCUGCUACAGUAGUUUGCCUGCAUACUGCAGCUACUGUAAAGCAUGGUCUGCCCUGCUGGAAACGAGCCUGGUCUCCUGGACAAUGUACAUUGCGAUCCAUAUCAAAUUCUUGCAAAACUCCGCGAAUUAAACGCCUCUGGAUAGGCUAUCAUCCUCGCAGGGGCACUGAACCGCUUCCUAUUGUCAUUCUGCAGACCAGAGCUCCAUCUCCCCGGCAUCGAUCACAUCUUCGACAACCGCCAAAGCUGUCAUCCACGCACCCGUGUUCCGAUUUUGCUAGAUAA